CAUCUGUAGGGCAGGUGAGCUUCGAACGGCUGCGUGGUGAAGCGCGGGUCCAGUAGCUGAGUGCUAGUGCGGUCCUCGAUGGGAAAGUACAGAAAGCUUUCCAACGUGGCUCAUUCACUUUCGUAGCUUUUCGCGUGUUCCGUGCUCAGCGGGAAGAUAUGAAUGAGCCGUUUUAAUGACUCACUGAGUGAACUGGUGUCGGUGGAGCCUCUACACCCCCUCUUGGUGGACCCAUAGUGAACUCGUUCCUGUGGGUGAAGAUGGCGCAGGCUCUAUCAGAAGAGGAGUUCCACCGUAUGCAGGCUCAGUUGCUGGAGCUGCGAACCCAGAACUACCAGCUGUCAGAUGACCUGCGAAAGAACACUGCAGAACUCAACAAUGUCCGUCAGAAGACGCUGACCCUGGAGAAAGAAUACAUCAAAGCACAGAAGGCCCUCAAUAAGAGCAAGAAAGCUCAGGAGGUGGAUGCAUUACUGAGUGAAAAUGAGAUGCUCCAGGGAAAACUGCACAGCCAGGAGGAUGACUUCAGACUUCAGAACAGUACUCUUAUGCAAGAGCUGUCCAAGUUAUGUUCACAGAUUGAGCGCUUGGAGUUGGAGAAUCAGGGGCUGAAAGAUGGGAAGGGCCUUUCCGCUCCGGCCCCCAGCCCUGUCUCUGGACCAACAGAUGGAGAACUGCUACGUCUCCAGGCUGAAAACUCCGCCCUGCAGAAGAAAUUGGCAUCUCUUCAGGAGCGCUAUGACAACGAGCACAAUCGUUCGCGGGGAGCAGACGUUAAUGAUGGAAAAGAGGCAGUGAUCGAUAGUCGGGUGGACUCCAAUGGCAUCCACCAGUUGCAUGCUGAUGGUGGGGGGUGCUCUGGUGAUGCAGCUGUAGCUUCUCCAGCCAAUGACGGACUGGAGCGGGCCGAUGCAAAGUGUGAUGCUCUGGAGAAGAGAGCGAAUGAACUAAGCGAAGUAGAGCUGAAGCUUCAGACAGAGAUGGAAGAGAAGCGCUUACUGAAAGAGCAGCUUCAGGCACUAGAGACAUCAAAGCUGACUGAGAUAAGUAAACUUCAGGAGGAGAUUGCAAAGCUCUCUGACAAAUUGAAGAAAAAACAGGACAGCUUUCUGCGGCUCCAGGGUGAAAAGGAGGCUCUCUACAAUGACAGCAGGACUAAAAUAGAGGAGAUUCAGCAGCGCAAAGAGGAGGAGCUGAAAUCCAUAAACCUGCGCGUGCAGAAACUGCAGAAUGAUUUAAUGACUGCUAACCAGAAUGUUGCUGAGUUGAAGGAGCAGUUGCAGAGCAAGCAGAAAGAGCAUGAGAUGGCUCUCCUUGCACUCAAAGAUCAGGUAGCCUGUCAAAGUGCGGUCAGUCAGGAGCAGGUGGAGGGCAUGCUGAGUGAGAAUGAUGCACUCAGGACUAACCUAGCUGCCUUAGAACAGAUCCAGACAGUGAAGACUCAGGAGCUGAGCCUGCUGAGGGAUCAGAACAUGGCUCUGAAUGUGGAGCUGCAGCAGAGACGCACUGAGCAGGACAGUUUACUGGCACAGAAAGAUGAUCUCAGCUCCCAGUUACAGGAGGCAAACCGAGCCAACAAUAGACUAUUGGAGCAGAUUUCUGAACUGGGCCUGGACAAAGACAAGCUACAGCAAGAGCUAGAGGAAGCCAAAAAGACUGCGGACAAGCGCAAGGCCAUGCUGGACGAGCUGGCCAUUGAGACGGCACAGGAGAAGUCCCGACACAAAGAGGAGUUGAGCGACCUGCGCCUCCAGCAUGAGAAGGAGGUGCUGAGUGUCCGGGCGAGAUACGAGAAGGAGCUGCGUGGCCUCCAUGAGGAGAAAAACCGCACAGAGGAGGAGAUCCGUGCUCAACUACGAGAUGAGAAGGCACGUACCAAAGAGCUGGAGGGUCUGCAGCAGAGUGUAGAGGAGCUACAGGCCCAGGUGCAGUCAAUGGAGGGCACAAAGGGCUGGUUUGAACGCAGACUCAAAGAGGCUGAGGAGACGAUGGAAAAGAACAGUCAGGAACACACAGAGGAGAUUCAGAGACUGCAGAGAGAGCACACUCAGCAGCUCGAGGAGAAAGCAGGAGAGAUCGAGGCUGUGAAGCAGCAGAUUGUCACCGUGGAAAAAGAGAAAGAGGAGUUAAACAGCACCAUCACUAAGCAAAAGCAGGAAAUCAGAGAUACAGUAGAUGAGCAGAGAAUUCUGGAGAAGAAAGGCAGUUCAGCGCUUAAAGACUUGAAGCGUCAGCUCCAUCUGGAGCGAAAGAGAGCAGACAAACUACAGGAGAGACUGCAGGAAAUCCUGACCAAUACCAAGACCAGGACAGGUCUGGAGGAGCUGGUGCUGUCUGAGAUCAGUUCUCCAAGUCGGACGCAGCAGACAGGUGACAGCAGCAGUGUCUCUUCCUUCAGCUACAGAGAGAUGAUGAAGGAGGGAGCCUCAGCGCAGACCACCAAUAAGUCAAACACCAGCAGUCCUCAGUCUCAGAGACCUGCUGAUCUUUCCGAUGAUGAGGUUGGUGAACUCUUCCAGAGACUGGCGGAGGUGCAGCAGGAGAAAUGGCUGUUGGAGGAGAAGGUGAAACAUUUGGAGGUCAGCUGCUCCUCAAUGGCUGAAGACAUCUGCAAGAAGAGUGCCAUAAUAGAGACGUACGUCAUGGACAGCAGGAGAGAUGGAGGAGCAGCAACAACGGGUCAUCAGGCAGAGAGAGGUGGUCUCAGUUCGGUACUGAGGGACCUGGUCAAGCCUGGAGAUGAGAACCUCCGGGAGAUGAACAAGAAGCUGCAGAACAUGCUGGAGGAGCAACUGACCAAGAACAUGCACCUACAGAAGGAUCUGGAGGUGUUGUCUCAGGAGAUUGUGCGUUUGAGUAAAGAUGCUGGCCCUGCAGAAGGCCCAAAGGCCGUGGGCUAAGACUGAACACCCCACCCAGCCUCUCAGUCAAAACUCUUCCUUCACUAGCUCAUCUUUCCAUGGCUACAGAGAGAAUGUUGUACCUACUCAAGACACCAACUGGCAGACUGACUCGAACCUCAUACAAACGAGGAGGAAGAGGAGUGUGUCCAUUCGCGAGUCCUGUACUACUGAAUGUAUUUACACUGUAAACACUCUGUGUCUUGUUUUAGUCUCCGAUACUGCAAGAGCUGGAUGGAUCGCUUGCUAGCUGGCCCCGACCGCUUUGCGUCAUUGAUUCUUUGAGCUCAGGGAAGUGGUGCAGCCCCACAGGACAAAAGUACACACAAAAUUCAGGUUGCAAGGUGGCUUCUACUAUUGUUUUUAGCUAUGUGAUGUAUGUUUGUCCAUUUUUGUGUAAAUCUGACCUUGAAGGGGCUUCCCCCAACCCUCCACCCACCAAAAGAGAGGCUGCGGUCACUAACAGCUCCCUCAUGGCUCUCACUGUUUGCCUGUAUUUGUCCUGUAUAUCUGCUUCUGUUUUCUUUUUUACCUGUUCAUAUGUUUGACUUAUGUAAAUAUGAACAUGGAAAAGAUAAAAAUAGUAAUUUAUUAGUUCUUCACAUUUAUAAUAGGACAAAUAGUAAGACUGAAAGUAUCAAAAGUAAAGAGAGAUUUGCUGCUUUGUGCUGCAGUGGAGAUGGAGGAUGAAGUUGAGCUCUUUAAGUGGGAUGAGUUUGGAUCAUUAUGUCAAAAAAUUACAGUUUAUUGGUGACAUGCGAGUGCUUGUAAUUGCACCGAUAAUUGUCUGAGCAUUUCGCACGUCUGCUCAGAGCGCUGCUACGAAGUAAAAAAGUGCCCCAUGGCCUUACUUCUCUAACCAGCACCCCGCCCAUUCUCUGUACGUCUCUCUCUUUCUACCACUCUGUUUUUCAAGGUCCAGUCCAGUUCAGCCCCUUUGAGCUGUUUCUAAUCUGCAGCCUCCAAAAAACCCUUGAAUGUUACGUCAUUCCACUUUUACAUAUUCAACUUUUUUUGAAAGGUAAACAAAUGAAGAGAGCGUUUUCCUCGUACCUGUUAAAUGGAGAAUGUUGGAGAACUCUAGUUUUUGAGACACUACAGUUUGAGCUGAGCUCAAGCGUAUGUUCUUUUAAGACCAAGAACCUUUCCAAUUAUUUCCUGUGUAUCUCGCUGUCCACAGCUUAGCCAUUCCUGUGUGCGUAACAAGAGCUUGUACUGACAUGCUCAUCUGUUGACCUGUUCAUGUCCCACCUACAAGCUCUUCUUUCGUAGCAAGUGUCGUGAGGUUGGACAAGCUUUGCAGAACGUUGGAAAAGGAAGAGCAGUUUACAGGCUUCAGAUACUUGUUGAUAUUUCUGAACAAGUACCUGAAUGCUCUCACCCUUAAAACAGUCAUAAAAAUGGUAAUAUCAUUUUUUAGUUGUCAGUCUGACGUUACAGAUACGCUUCCCAUUUGCGCUAGACAUGCAUCUUCCUUUAAAACACAAACCCUUCUGACUUGAAUGGCAUCAAUUUAUAAUGAACGAAGUGAACUAAACCAGCUAUUAUUUAUGUAUUUUGAACAUUUUCCAUAUAUUAACAGUAAUUGUUCUGUUUAAGGCCUUUGCUAAUGAAAUUAUUUCUGUGGCUUUUGUAUUUUGUAUGUGGCUUCUAGAUGCUAUAUAGAGAAGCAAAUAAUAACUUAGCAGUACCUUGAGUAUUUGGAUUUUUUGAGCCCUAGUACGGAAUUAAAAAUUCACUAAAUAUUAUUGAGCCUGUUUACACCUUGUGUUAACGUGGGCUGUAUGUUGGAUCACAUAGGAAUCACUAACUAGCGCCCUCAGUUUGACCAGAUGGGAUUGCAGUUUUCCAUUGUAAAAAAUGUCACAUUUUUUUUUCCUCAAUAUGAGUCGACGCGCUUGGCUUGAACACUUUAAUCGCCAAGAGUGCCAACUUCGGUCUCACGUGUCCUCCAUUUUUUAAAAGUUUUUUAUCCUCUCAUCCGCUAGUCAGUGUUGGGCAGACUCAUUUCCCCUUACUGUAUACGGAUAACGAAAAAACCAUUGGAUUACUCAAAACGUCCUGGUAGUGUUUAUACCCGGCUUCUCAUGAAGUGAAAUCUGAACGUGAUCUGAUGACUGGAAGCACAUGUUAAGGCAUGGUGUAAACAAACCCACUGAACCGUGUGGUUGUUUUUGAAACUAGGCAGGAUGGAAUCAACAAUAAAUUUGCCUCCAUGCUAACAUGAGCUUGAUUAGACACCAGUACCACACCUGAUCAGUUCACAGUGUGACGGUUCACAUGUAUACAAGAAAAGUUGUUUUUCUGUAUUUUCACAAAAACCUCUGCACCAGUUUCUCAUUAGGUUGAAUGGGAUUUUUGCCAGUGUUCCACAAAGUCUGUCCAGUUGCUAUGAAAGAGCGUGUUGUGGGUGGAGUCUGCUGUUGUAAGUACACAAACAAACAAUGAAUUGUUUUUAUGACUCAAAUUAAGCCCACAUAGCCUAUGAAGUGGCUGUUGAUCAUUAUUAAAGAAUUCUGAAAUACUGAAUUAUUUUGAUGAUGCAGGUGAGUGGGAGGCUUAUACUGUCUAGCAGUGAAGCUAGUUUACUAAGCAGUAGGCUUGACAUUUAUUCAUCUGGUUAAACCCAGUUGGCUUAGUGAUAUUGGUCAGAUGUGGGCAGUCACUAAUCUGUAAUGUUUAUUCUGGGUGCUUUUGAAAACAACGGUUUUGUUUCAUGCCUAUGAACUUUUACUCUCUGUAUUUUGAUUUGAUACUAUUUAUACAUAAUCAUUUGCAUGUUGUAUAUGUAUGUAUUUUAAAUUCUUUGCUUGGACACUAAUCAAAAUAGGCAUUGUAUUGAAACCAUCCGUCAUCUAAUGUAGAUCAGACAUUAUUUAUACUGUAUUAUGGUGAAUGGCGAGAUGACCAGCUCUUUUUACUUGUGACAAGACGUUCACCAUGAACAUAUUGUUAGUGAAUUCUUUCGUAUUAUUCUCUGUUGAAGCUCUGCGUUCCCUUUGCCUUUUGAUUUUAUAAAGCUUUUGAAUCUGCCAGAUAAUCUAAACAGGGAUGUCAUUACAAAAUCUUAGCUUAAAGUGAAACAACAGUGCUCUAAUCAACAUCUCCCCUGAACCUUGGUUUUUAUUUAUUUAUCCAAUUGUCACCUGUCUUGCUCAGCAAAGAAAUUACCCCUGACUUCCUGCAGAGUUAAUAAAGAAUGGCUGGAAACUCA